GUGAGCACAGAAAACCAUAGUGCCGCAAAACAGUUCAUACGAAAGUGCUUAUUCAAAAAUAUGGAUGUCACAGAACGAGUGUGACAAGCCAUACCUUUAAAUGAUCUCGGACAUCUUACAGACAAAGGUCAAGACAAYGAGACGGUUUGCUUAACAUCAUGUUGUCUGAAUCACGAGCGUAAAGAUGUCAGCAGCAAACAAAAUACAAAUCCGUAUCCAAGAACGGGAUAAGCCGUGCUGUUGAGCCUUAAUGGAUCGCAAUUAUUUAUUAAAAGAUGGAAAAAGAGAGAAGGAAGCGGCAGAGACUUCAUUGGAGAGGAUAAGACGAAGCAUUGAGGGCGCUUUAGAAAAAGAAAAAGAAACUGUGCAGAAAGAGGCUGUUAACCGAUACAUAAGAGAUGCUUCGUUAAGAAUGAGUUUGAACCUGCCAAUCAAACCAACAAAAAGCCAUUUAAAAGAAGAUCAAAAUCACGAACAGAAAAACACUUUGAAAGGAAGUGAUUAUAAAUUACCCAGCUUGCAACACGGUGAUGGAUCUCCAAUCAGAAGGCCGGUCCCUGAACUACACAUGCUCAAUACUGAAAAUCCCGCUAGACCAAACACUUCAAAUACCAACAUGUCUAUUGAUACUUUUUCGCCCAGCCCAAAUAAACCAAAUAUACGGCUUCCUCCUAUUAUCAUAGAUACAGGACAGCAGGAAAAAGGUGGUAAAAGAAAACGAAAAAAGGACGAGUCUAAUGAGGUAAAUAAACAAAAGAAAAAGUCCCCAGAAAGGUUUACCGGUAAACCUGCAAAGACACGGUUAGAAAGUGUUUCUCCUACUGAGGAGGAUUUUAAUGUUGUUAUGUGCGGCCGUUCACCUAGAGUAAUUAAUGAAACCAAAGAAUUAUUUGUAUCCAAACAUGGACGCUUUAAAAGCAAAUAACGAAUAUCAGAAGCAUUGAAUUUCGCAUACAGUAAAUCAUACCGUGCAUUUGUACAA